AUGGUCUGGGUGAACGAAUUCGAUGCCUUUACUGAUGUCGCUACUAGAGCCACGUUGCAACCGCUUUCCGGCAAGCUCUACACACACUUCAAUACCAAGAUUGUGUUCCUCACAUUCGUAUCUUUGUUCGAACUCGGUUCCCUACUUUGCGGCGUCGCCAGCUCAUCGGCCGUCCUCAUCGCAGGAAGAGUGGUUGCCGGCUUAGGAGCGUCUGGCAUCGUGAACGGUGCCAUGACGAUCUUAGCAGGGGCUGUGCCUAUGGAGAAAAGUCCAGUGUACACCGGUGUAGUACUUGGGACUGCGCAAAUGGGCAUUGUCGCAGGGCCACUCAUCGGAGGUGCUCUGACUGAGCAUGCAGUCUGGCGUUGGUGCUUUUACAUGAACCUACCCAUCGGUGGAGUGGCUGCCGCCCUCAUCGCUUUCGUUCCCAUUCCCGAGCGCACGACGAAGCCGCGAGUUACUCUGUCCCUCGUCCACAAAAUCAUACCCGACCUCGAUCUGCUCGGCUUUGCUCUCUUCGUCCCUCCGUCCGUUAUGCUGCUCCUCGCCCUCCAGCUAGGCAGUGGUGGCAAGUACGCCUGGAGCUCCUCUGUCGUCAUCGGACUACUCUGUGGUGCUGCAACAUGCGCCGUCCUCUUCAUAUUUUGGGAGAGAAGAAUGGGCGACCAAGCCAUGCUUCCAGCGAGUGUUUGGAUGCCGACGUACUUCCAGGCCGUGAAGGGCGAUGGGCCGACGGACAGUGGUGUACACGUACUGCCGAGUAUAUUGAGCCAACUUCUCGUUGUUAUCGCAACAGGUGCUGCCGUAUCCCGCAUGGGCUACUAUCUUCCCUGGGCGCUCGUCGGUGGUAUCGUAACCGCAAUCGGCAACGGUCUUGUAUCAACGUUCACAGCAUCUACGAGAGCCUCGGUCUGGAUCGGCUACCAGAUUUUGUUGGGCGCUGGCCGAGGAUGUGGUAUGCAGAUAGCCAUCAUUGCAGUGCAGAACGCCGUAUCCCCGGCCCAAUACCCAGUCGCGUUAGCCAGUGUCGUCUUUUUCCAGAACCUCAGUACGUCGAUCGCUGUCGUCAUCGCGAACACGAUAUUUGCGCAGACACUCCGCUCAGCCAUCACACGCUACGCGCCCACAAUAUCUCCCCAGGCGGCGAUUGAUGCUGGAUCUAGUGCCAGUGCUGUGCGAGCCCUCGUCCCGCUUGGAGAACUAGAUGGCGUGCUGAGAGCGUACUCGGACGGUCUGCGCGAUGUCUUUUACUUCUUGGUAGGCAUAGCAUGUCUGGCUACCCUUGCCAGCUUGGGUAUAGGCUGGAAGGAUAUCCGGAACAAGCGCAGCAAAACGGACAUGAAUGUUGAAAUGGAUGAGAGAUGUGAGACCAUGGACAAGUAG